GCUGCUCUCCGGGUCGCGGCGGGGGCUCCCCCUGGCGGCCGGGCCGGGCGCGGCGCGGCGGAGCCAUGGCGGAGCUCGGCGCUCACCUCACGGCCGCCUCGGCCGGCGACGACCGACCCUCCAUCUUCGAGGCGGUGGCCCAGGACAGCCUGAUGGCCGCCGUGAAACCCGCUCUGCAGCACCUAGUCAAGGUGCUUGCUGAGUCUAACCCAGGCCGAUACGGCUUCCUCUGGCGCUGGUUUGAUGAGAUCUACGUCUUUCUGGACUUGCUGCUCCAGCAGCACUACCUGGCCCGGUUCAGCGCCUCCUUUUCUGAAAACUUCUAUAGCUUGAAGAGGAUCCCCAUAGGAGACUGCAAACAGCAACCUCUGGCCACUGCUGGCCUGCCCAAGAGGCAGCACUGGAAGUCUCUCCUCUUGCUGGUUCUUGUUCCUUACCUGAAAGGAAAACUAGAGAAAAUGGUGUCCAGCCUGAGGGAAGAGGAUGAGUACUCCAUCCACCCUCCAUCAUCAUCCUGGAAGCGCUUUUACCGAGCCUUCCUAGCUGCCUACCCCUUUGUAAACAUGACCUGGGAAGGCUGGUUUCUUAUCCAGCAACUGUGCUAUAUCCUCGGGAAAGCUCAGCACCACUCGCCCAUGCUGCGGCUGGCUGGCGUUCGCCUGGUCAGGCUGACUGCAGAGGAUAUCCAGGCCCUGGAGGAGAAAGUGGCUGGAGCCACCUCGAGUCGUGCACACAGCAUUAAAACACAAGUGCGGUUGGCAGUGAAGAAAGCACUGGGUGGAAUUGCAUUCUCCCUGUCCACUGGGCUGUCCGUCAGCGUAUUCUUUCUCCAGUUCCUGGACUGGUGGUACUCCUCCGAAAACCAAGAGACGAUCAAAUCUCUGACAGCGCUCCCAACUCCUCCACCCCCCGUGCACCUCGACGAUGGGGCCAGCUCAGCUCUCUUACCCAAACUGAAGACCGUGUGCCCUCUGUGCCGCAAAGUUCGUGUGAACGCCACAGCCCUGUCCACCUCUGGCUUUGUGUUUUGCUACCGCUGUGUAUACAAUUACGUGAAGGCUCACCAGCGCUGCCCCAUCACGGGCUAUGCCACAGAGCUGCAGCACCUUGUCAAACUGUACUCUCCUGAGAGCUGAAGGGCCUGCCUGGCACUCUCCCGAGUGGCUGGGUAGCAGCGAGCCUAAAUUCACCCCUUUUUACAUCCCAGAGAAGACUUUCGACCACUACAGCUCAUCAGGGAGCUCUAAAGCUCCUUUGAACUUGGUGGUACAUCAGAGCUUUGCUGCCUUUGUGAAUUCUGGUAAGGUUCUCCUGGUUGUUUAUUAGCUGCUCAAAUAUUCCUGUGACAGUCUCAGAGGGAUGGGACAGCCACAAUCUAUCAGCUGUCAUAAAAACGCCUUUAAAAACAACAAAAAGGGAAGAAACAUUGAUUUGGAUAAGAAGAAUGCAGAUGUGAGGAUCAAAGAGCAUCCCUAGGAAAAGUCCCGUUUGAGGGCAUAAGCCAGCAAAUUAAAGAGGUCAGGAAAACUUUACAGGCGAGUUACUCCCCCCAAAACAGCUUCCCAGGCACUCAAGCUUCUGGGGCAAGCUCUGGCACCAGUGCUUGGCCAAGGGGCACAAACAGGCUUAAACCUCUGCUCUGAUCACGCUGUUCUUCAAUCUCCCUGUGUUUUCAGGCUACUCAUCUUUAAAUUGAGAACAUCACACCUAUGGAUUCCCAUCCAUGGUUCUAAAUUAAGACUUUUGACUCUUUAAAGGAACAAGGGGUGAUGUGUACAAACAAGGAUACAAGAGGCAGAUUACAGUUUCUGCACAAAGGAGAAAAAUGAGAAACCAGCGUAAAGCGGCAACUGUGCCAAUUUAUAUAGUUUUUUUUGAAAAAGAUAAGUCUGUUGUUAUUAUCUGCUUUUAUAAAGCAAAAUUCUCUCUUGAUUGAGAACCUAACUUUUCUGAGGAUUGGAAAAACAGAGCUUGCUCUUCUAGGGGCUGUAUUUACAUAAGAUGAACUAGACUAAAGCUGCUUUCAUCUUUGCAGAUGACGAUAAUGGAUAUAUGAUUAGUAUUUUGUAGGCUGGGAAUCUUUAGUGUCUAUAUUUAACUAUUACAUUGCAAUUAUUCCAGUCCCAAACCAUGUCACACAUUCAUAGCCUAAGAAAGCAUCCUUUCAUCGAACAGAGGAGAAAAGAAAAUGUGUGUGAUAUUAUGGCUGGUUAUUUGACAUCCGGGUUUUCCCGAUGGAAGGUUUUUUCUCGACUCAGCUCUAGGGAGCAGCAGUUUGCUGCUCCAGACAUCACAGUGACUUUGCGUAUAGAAUAUGAAGAGCAAAGUUUGCUGCACAAAGUACAGAGCCUUUCCAGAUUAAGUGAUAUGUUCUAACAUUUAAUUCACUGAACAAGUCAUCUCAUUUCCCCCCCACUUCAGAAGAUAAAAAUCUCUAAUAUCCUUCCUCACCUGUAGGCAAGAUAGCAAGGUUAUUAAAUAAAGUGGAAAAAUAUAGUAAUUUGCAUACUUCCAAAGAUGCUCUGGAAAACACCUACUGUAACAAAUGAGAUUUGUCCCCAGUGCUUGUGUCAUUGUCUCUAUACAGCUUCCAGACCUUUCUACCUGUGCCACUAUAAAAUAAUAAUAAAAACUAUCUCAUUUCUUCUUUC